GGAGAUCCUCCUACAGAUCAGUGUGGCUCAGUCAGCCGGAUAGAGAAGUGCUCCGGUCUUUUUGGAGGGCUCCCCGGGGAGGAAAGAACAUGGGGCGGCCCGGGAUGUACGGACUCGUCUGGGUCACUGCAGUGCUGAGCCAUGCCGGAGGAAUCUACGGCUUCCAGUGUUUAGAUACCUACAGACCAUGUCAGAAUGGAGCAAGAUGUACAAUGUAUUCAAAUGGAGAAGCUGCUUGUCUAUGUCCCACUGGUUGGAUUGGAGACUAUUGCCAGUUUAAAGAUCCAUGUGUGCCAACACCUUGUGUUAAUGGCGGAGUCUGCCGGAACUCUAUCCGAGGAGGAACUGUCCAGUAUGAAUGUAGCUGUCCCAAGGGUUUUAGAGGUCAGGAUUGUUCGCUCAUCGAUGCCUGUGCCACUAACCCAUGCGAGAAUGGUGCCCGAUGCACCAAUUGGAAUGGCCGCUACAACUGUACCUGCCCACCAGGAUACCAGGGCCGCAGCUGCCGUCUGGAUAUUGACGAAUGCCGAACAUCUGGGCUCUGCCAAAAUGGAGGACAGUGCAUUAACACCCCUGGCUCUUUCCGCUGUCGCUGCCCAAGUAGUUUUACUGGCCAGUUCUGUGAGGCCAACUAUGUGCCAUGCGCACCUUCCCAGUGCCAGAAUGGAGGCACCUGCCGCCCAACUGGAGAACUCUCCUACCAGUGUGUCUGCCUGCCAGGCUUUGAAGGACCAAACUGUGAGAUCAAUGUGGAUGAUUGUCCUGACCAUAAAUGCAUGAAUGGUGCCACAUGUGUGGAUGGAGUCAACACUUACAAUUGUCAGUGUCCUCCUGAGUGGACAGGUCAGUUCUGUACAGAAGAUGUGGAUGAGUGCCAGCUCCAGCCCAACGCCUGUCACAACGGCGGGACCUGCUUUAACACUCAGGGUGGUCACACAUGUGUCUGUGUCAAUGGCUGGACGGGCGAGAGCUGCAGCGAGAACAUAGAUGACUGCGCCACCGCCGUUUGCUUCAAUGGUGCCACCUGCCAUGACCGCGUAGCCUCAUUUUACUGCGAGUGUCCUAUGGGCAAGACUGGUCUCCUGUGUCAUUUAGAGGAUGCAUGUGUUAGUAAUCCGUGCCACAAGGAUGCCAUGUGUGACACUAACCCAGUGAACGGGCGAGCAAUCUGCACAUGUCCGCCUGGUUUUACAGGAGGAGCUUGCGACCAAGAUGUGGAUGAAUGCUCGAUAGGUGCCAACCCCUGUGAGCACUUUGGUCGUUGUGUGAACACUCAGGGUUCUUUCCAGUGCCAAUGCGGUCGGGGUUACACUGGUCCUCGAUGUGAAACUGAUGUCAAUGAAUGCUUGUCCACCCCCUGCCAGAAUGAUGCUACAUGCCUGGACCGCAUAGGGGAAUUCACCUGUAUUUGUAUGGCAGGCUUUACUGGUACAUUCUGUGAGCUCAACAUUAAUGAAUGUGACAGCAGUCCAUGUGUUAAUGGGGGACUUUGUAAGGAUAUGGUAAAUGGAUUCACCUGCAGCUGUCCUGCUGGUUUCUCGGGCUCCAUGUGCCAGAUAGAUAUUGAUGAGUGUGCCAGCACUCCCUGUAAGAACGGAGCCAAGUGUGUGGAUAGACCCAACGGUUACGAGUGUCGUUGUGCGGAGGGCUUUGAGGGUACUCUUUGUGAGCGUAACAUAAAUGAAUGUUCCCCUGAUCCGUGCCACCAUGGGAAGUGCCGGGAUGGUAUUGCCAGCUUUACCUGCACAUGUGACCCUGGAUAUACUGGCUAUCGCUGUGAGAACCAGAUAAACGAAUGCCACAGUAACCCUUGUCUUCAUGGAGGAAAAUGUAUUGACCUGGUCAACAAAUUCUUGUGCUACUGUCAGCCAGGAACCUCAGGUGUGAAUUGCGAGUAUAAUUAUGAUGACUGUGCCAGCAACCCAUGUGACUAUGGAGAAUGUAAAGAUGGAAUUAACAAAUAUGAGUGUGUCUGCAAACCAGGUUUCACAGGUCCUCUCUGUAACAUAGAGGUGUCUCCGUGUGCAUCCAACCCAUGCCGAGCUGGAGGAACCUGCCAAGUUACACAGAAUGGUUUCCGUUGUGCUUGUCCUGAAGGUGGUGGUCCUCGUGACUCUCUGUGUAAUCCCACCCAGCUAUGCACUCCUUCAUGUGUCCAUGGUGUUUGCCGCAAAGUCAAUGAGAUGUAUGCAUGUGACUGUCAUCAAGGCUGGUCUGGCAGGUCAUGUGACCGGCGAAGCAAUGAUGUUUGUUCUGCCAGCACCUGUCAGAAUGGAGGAACUUGCACGGAGCAUCUUGGACGACCAGUCUGUCGCUGCCGAGAGGGUUUCCGAGGAAACUUUUGUGAGACGAAUAUUAAUGAGUGUGCCCCAGCUCCUUGUCUGAAUGGAGGAACCUGUGUGGAUGGUAUUGCAGGAUACAGCUGUCUGUGUACUCUGCCAUAUACAGGCCAAACAUGCGAGACUCUACUCGCCCCCUGUGGCUCUGAGCCUUGUCAUAAUAGCGGUGUGUGCACUCCAUCUGCAGACUAUGAAAGCUACUCCUGCAAAUGUCUUACUGGCUGGGAAGGUGAAUCAUGUGACAUCGAUGUGAAUGAGUGCAACAGGAGCCCUUGCCAAAAUGGUGGACAAUGUACCAACCUUCCAGGUGGCUACAACUGUCUCUGUAAACCAGGAUAUACGGGUCACAACUGCGAGACUGAUUUCAACGAUUGUUUACCAAAUCCCUGUCUCAAUGGCGGUUCCUGCAAAGAUGGGGUAAAUUCCUUCUCCUGCACGUGUCUGCCUGGCUUCACCGGAUCAAGAUGUGUGAAUGAAAUCAAUGAAUGUCUUAGUGACCCAUGCCUCAACGGAGCCACCUGCUUAGAUUAUGUUAACAGCUAUGUGUGUUCUUGUGCUCCGGGAUACACCGGGCCCAUCUGCGAGACCAACAUACCGGACUGUACUGAGAGCUCUUGUUUUAAUGGUGGGACCUGCAAAGAUGGCGUGGACUCCUACACCUGCAUCUGCCGCCCUGGCUUCACCGGAUCUCACUGCCAGCACGAAGUGGAUGAGUGCGCUUCCCGGCCCUGCCAGAAUGGAGCUGUGUGUGUGGACAGGGUGGAGUCAUAUCACUGUAUCUGCCCCAAUGGGUACACAGGAACACAGUGCCAGAAUUUGCUGGAUCUUUGCCGUCGUUCUCCUUGCCAGAAUGGAGGUCGUUGCACUCAAUUAGGCCCAUCUAUCCGCUGUGAAUGUCUUUCUGGAUGGGCGGGAAGUUACUGUGAUAUCCCACGUGUCUCUUGUGACGUAGCAGCGAGCAGGAAAGGUGUUCGUGUGGAUCAGCUCUGCCAUGCCGGGGGAAACUGUAUGAACACCGGCAACUCUCACAAGUGUUUCUGCAGAGGGGGCUACACCGGGAGCUACUGUGAGACGCCCAUCAACCAGUGUGACCCAGAUCCUUGUCUUAAUGGAGGGUCUUGCCACAGCUACCUUGGUGGUUUUGUGUGUGAGUGCGUGGCUGGAUUUGAAGGAACAAACUGUGAAAUAAACAUAGAUGAGUGCCAGUCUCACCCAUGUCAGAAUGGAGGGUCCUGUAUUGACCUGAUUGGUCGUUACAUCUGCUCCUGUCCUCCAGGAACCCUCGGAGUGCUGUGUGAGAUUAAUGAAGAUGACUGUUCCACUCUCACCCCUUCUGGGCAGUUCAAAUGUUUGAACAAUGGGACCUGUGUGGAUAAAGUUGGGGGCUACCGCUGCAACUGCCCUCCAGGCUACACUGGCGAGAGAUGUGAGGGUGACAUCAACGAGUGCCUGUCUGGGCCUUGUGUGGCACACAACACUCGUGACUGCAUUCAGAUGGCCAAUGAUUAUCAGUGCAAAUGCAAAAAUGGCUAUACAGGACGCCGCUGCCAGAGUGUGGUAAACACAUGUGAGUCUCGUCCUUGUCAAAAUGGAGGUGUCUGCCGUGUGACAGUAAACACCCCUCUGGGGUACACCUGCCGCUGUCCUACAGGCUUCACUGGACUUCACUGUGAGCGGCCUCUAAAUUCCUGUCGAGACUCUGAUUGUCCAACUGGCUUCUCCUGUGUCCCUUCAUCUCAGGGCCCUCGUUGUGUCUGCCCUCCAGGUGUUGUCUGCCGAAAUGACACCAUCCUGCGGUCUCCCCCUCAAUCAGCCUGCUCCCCUUCACCUUGCCAAAACGGAGCUCGGUGUGGCACUACUGACAAGUUCCCUUAUUUUACCUGCCACUGUCCGCCAGACUUCCUUGGACCACGGUGUGAUAUAAGGGCCCCCCCAUUUGAGGACCCAGAAUGUGGCCCACAACCCUGCCCCAGCAAGAUGGGUGAUGGCCGCUGUGACCGGGAGUGCAAUUCUAAAGAAUGUCACUGGGAUGGUGGAGAUUGCGCUCUGACUGUGGAUGACCCGUGGAAGAAUUGUCCUUCACAAAGCUGCCAGCUUCUGUUCAAUAAUUCCAAAUGUGAUUUGCAGUGCGCGUCGGCUGAGUGUCUCUAUGACAACUUUGACUGCCGGGAGAAGACUGAACAUAGCUGCAACCCCGUCUACGAACAGUACUGUAUGGACCACUAUGGAGAUGGUCGGUGCGACCAGGGAUGUAACUCGGAGGAGUGUGGCUGGGAUGGUCUUGACUGUGCCGGAGGCCGGGAUGGAGAGCAGCUGGCAGAGGGAGUGCUGGUAAUUGUGGUUCUGCUCCCUCCUGAACAGCUUCUAAAGGAAAGCAAAUCAUUCCUGCUGAGACUCAGCGUCAUCCUGCGUACCUCUCUUCGCUUCCGUGUGGAUAAAGAUGGCCAGUACAUGAUUAAACCAUACAGGAGAAGCCAGGCAGCGGAGCGGAGGGAGAAGCGAGAGCUGGACAGUGACAUCAUAGGGUCUGAGGUGUUGUUGGAAAUCGACAAUCAGCUGUGUAAAAAGCACGUCGACAAAGACCAAUCCGAGUGCUUCCCAGAUACGAAAAAUGCUGCUGAUUUCCUGGCUGCAUUGAGUGCCGUGGACAGACUUCAUUUUCCUUAUCCAAUUAAAUCUGUGCGCAGUGAUAAGAUUGAAGAACCACCCCAGUCAUUGCAUCUUCUUCCACUAGUGGGCGUAGUUGGGCUGUUGAUCUUGAUUGUGAUAGUGCUGGGCGUCCUGGUAUCUCGCAGGAAGCGAGCACACAGCACAUUAUGGUUCCCAGAAGGAUUCAUAUUGAAAAAGGAUAGAGACAGACGUGAGCCUGUGGGGCAGGAUGCUCUUGGACUUAAGAAUAUCACUAAACCAGAACUUCUCAUGGAGGAUCCUUCUGAAGACUGGACUGAGGCGGACUGUCCUGAGACUAAAAGACUAAAGACUGAGGAGCUUUCCCCCUGUCGCCAAGAUCCGGUGGACCCACGGCCUUGGACACAGCACCACUUAGCUGCUGCAGAUAUCAGACUUCCACCAGCUACGGCGCUGACUCCCCCACAGGGUGACUAUGAGACAGAUGGCAUGGAUGUUAACGUGAGAGGCCCAGAUGGAUUCACCCCACUGAUGUUGGCAUCCUUCCUGGGAGGUGGGUUGGAGCCAGAGUCUCAGGAAGAUGAGGAAGAAGGGGAAGCAUCGGCCAUUUCUGACCUUAUCUGCCAAGGGGCAUCUCUUGGGGCACAGACAGAUCGAACCGGUGAGACGGCUCUACAUCUGGCAGCAAGGUAUGCCAGAGCAGACGCAGCCAAGAGACUUCUGGAUGCUGGAGCUGAUCCCAAUGCUCAGGAUAAUACAGGACGUACCCCAUUACAUGCUGCUGUGGCUGCUGAUGCUCAAGGCGUUUUUCAGAUCCUCAUCAGAAACCGCUCCACAGAUCUGGAUGCUCGAAUGGGUGAUGGCUCUACUGCACUGAUUUUGGCUGCCCGACUGGCAGUGGAGGGGAUGGUGGAGGAGCUUAUUGCCUGCCAUGCUGAUGUCAAUGCUGUGGAUGAACUCGGCAAGUCUGCUCUGCAUUGGGCUGCGGCUGUGAAUAACAUUGAAGCCGCUCUGGCUUUGCUGAAGAAUGGAGCCAACAAAGACAUGCAGGACAGCAAGGAGGAAACCCCAUUGUUCCUAGCUGCCCGAGAAGGAAGUUAUGAAGCAGCAAAGGUUCUGCUCGAUCACUAUGCAAAUCGUGAGAUUACUGAUCAUAUGGACCGCCUUCCUCGAGACAUAGCUCAGGAGAGGCUACACCACGACAUUGUUCAGCUCCUAGAAGAACAUAAUGCUGUCAGGGGUUCCCAAGGGACAAUGGGAGGGCACACCAUGUCACCACUACUCUGUCCUCCUAAUGGUUACAUGGGCAAUAUGAAGCAGACCCCUCAAGGCAAGAAAAACCGCCGGGCAAGCAACAAAGCAGGCGGAGCAAGCCUGAGUCGUGGAGAAGCUAAGGAAGCGAAAAACAGAAACAAGAAGCUGUCUCUUGACUGCCCAUCUGGCAGCAGCGGUCUGCUGGAGAGCUCGGUGACACUCUCACCUGUUGACUCCCUUGAUUCACCGCGUGCUUACAAUGGAAAUCCUGGCUCCCCAGCAAUGGCUGCCCCUGGCACAUAUCACCUUGGCUCCCUGUCUGUGCCCUCCACCCCUCUUGUGAACGGCCUUAUGGAGGGGCCUUUUGCUGUGUCUUUGGCUCGUCUAAAUGAGAUCGGGGAAGCCCAAGGAAAUGCCUUAAUGGCCCUUCAAGGCAGAGUGCCACUGCAGCGUGCACCAAGCUGUGUGGUGAAUGGCUUAAAUAUUGGCAUGCUGAGCGCAGGCAACAUUCCCUUUGCGUGGCAGACCCAGGUGCCCUCUUCACAUCCCUCACGCAUCAUGGCAGGAGCUCCUGCGGGUUCAGUGCCUAACUUGCAUCAGCUGCAUGCCCAGCAAGUUAUGAUGCUGCAGAACCAGAUGGCAAUGCAGAGUCCAGUGAAGAUCAACAUGGAUCCACAGUGCCAGAUGGGCCCAGUUGCUCCAAACACCGCUCACUUGCGACAGCAGAGCAUGCCACAUGUAGCCGAGAGGUCAAUUCAAGCAGUUACCCCCUCGGAAGGAAACUACUUUAAACAGCAGAGUGUACCCAACGAGGGCCGCAUCCAGACACCACCAUCUAUGACCGCUCCUCAGCAAACCUUCGCACCUUCUCAAGAGGAAACCCCAAAACACUAUCUUCACAUGCCAACUGAGCACCCCUACCUGACCCCCUCUCCCGAGUCUCCAGAGCAGUGGUCCAGCCCAUCUCCUCACUCUGUGUCAGAGUGGUCUGACACUACCCCUAGCCCAGUCGUAGUGGGUGGGACCCACGGGCAGACAUCCCACUUAUCUGAGCAAACCAACAUGCAAGUGUUUGCCUGACCGACAUAAGACCUGCCAUCACUUUGUAGUGCCUUCACCCAUUUUUCCUGUUUCCCCUCUUUGACUCUCUCGUUUACCUUUUCAUUACUUUUCUCUUUUUUUAACCCUCAAAUUGUAUAGUGUUUUGGAGCACUACAAA